AUGAUCAUGAAAUUGCAGCAUGACACCGAAGAGCCCUCGGAGCAGGAAGCGGAGCAAGAGUCAGAGCAGUAUCGCCAUCGUCAUCAACAUCAUCGUCAUCAUCAUCAUGAGUACCAGUACCGGUUCCAGGACCAGUUCCAGGACCAGUUCCAGCACCAAUACCCCUUUCUCACUGGCGGCUCUUGGACUGACUCGCUCCCUCACACUGACCACUGUAACCUCUUUCGAAAUACCGAUUAUGCCAAGACCAGUCUGGGGCCAAUUUCUGACUGGGACCCGGCUCUUCGCUGCUAUGUGAGCAUGUUGUUCGCCGACAGUAGACCUGCCUGUGUGUACUGGGGAGUCGAGGACCGCAUUGCCAUAUACAACCAGGAGUUCAGCCUCCUUUUAGGCGCAAUGCAUCCCGCUUUCAUGGGCAUGUCCUUCUACGAAGGAUUCCCCGAGAUAGCUGAUGCCGUUCGCCCAGUCUUCGAGGCGAGUGUCAAUACUAGGCACAGUAUGCAACUUCCUCAUUCGAGCUUGUUCGUGUCCCGAAACGGCUUCUUGGAAGAGACCUUUUGGAUCAAUCAAUUCAUACCCAUUCCUGGUCCCAAUGGGGAGAUCCAGGGCACUUACAACACGUGCGUUGAAUCUACUCAGCAUAUACUACACGAGCGCCAACGAUUAGUCAUGGAUCAGAUUGCAGCACUGACACUGCAUUCUGUGAGUGAGACUUUAGCCAAGAUAAUGGAAGCACUUCGUGGUAACCCGAACGAUGUCUGUAUGGCAUUGCUGUAUACCUAUGAUGACGCCGAUUGCCUGACCGACCAUGACCUGCACCUUUGUGGGAGUAUUGGAGUUCCAUCCGGCCAUCAGUUGGCCCCCGAAACAGCCCAGCUCAGGACGAGCAAUGCCGGCCUGGUACCGUAUUUCAGGCAGGCGAAGGCAUUGGGAACACCUGUCGUGCUCCGUGAAUCUGAUGGAUCCCUAUCUGAUGUCGCAGCUCUGUUGAAUGGAGUCGAGUGGUGCGGAUUCAACGAGCCUGCUCGUAACAUCAGUAUACAGGAAUUGAGAAGCAGUGCAGGAGAUUCGCUUGGCUUCUAUGUACAGGGCCUGAAUCCUCGCAGACCUUACGACGUUGACCAGCGUGAAAGCGUCGCCGAUCUGACCCGCACCAUGGAGGCAACGUGGAUGUCAUCUGUUUCUACAGAGCAAGCCCAGCUCCGCGAGCGAGCUCUGGAGUUGAGGGCCACGGAUUCGGAGAGAAGACUGAAAUUGAUGGCGAAGCACGCACCCAUUGGCCUUGUACAGAUCUCUAUGGAUCAAACUAUUGAAUGGGCGAACGAUCAAUUCUACGACAUCACUGGCCACGAUCGCACGAAACCUCAAAUGUCAGAAUUUUACAAUGCCUUUCCUCCAGAGGAAAGGGUCAAGGUGGCCGCGUCCCUCAAAUCCUUACAAUAUGAGGGUGUGGAGCGUGAGGUGCACGAAUUACGUUUGAGUCGCAAAUGGCGGCCGCCUGGCACAGACGAGGAAGCAUCGGCGUGGAUGCUUACGCUGGGACUCCCACUUCACGAUGAGGAUGGCCGAGUCAUACUGACCAUGGGCUUUCUUAGUGACAUAUCCCACCAGAAGUGGUCUGAGCUCGUUCAGACUCGCUCUGCCGCACAAGCUAUGCAGGCUAAGCGUCAACAAGAGGAGUUUAUAGACACAACGUCCCACGAAAUGCGGAACCCGCUCACAGCGAUGACUCAGCUAGCCGACGGCAUAGCUGGAUGCCUCAAGGAUGACUGUGCAAGGUCUGUAGACGACUACCGGUCCAUUAUCGAGGACAAUGUAGAAGCGGCAGCUACCAUUCUAGCUUGCGCAGCACAUCAAAAACGAGUCAUUGACGAUGUACUCAUACUAUCGCGGCUAGAGUCCGAGAUGCUCUCUAUCACCCCUAUCCCGGCAAAGCCAUCAAAGGUCAUCGCCGAUGUGGUUCGAAUGUUCUCUGCAGAAUGUCUCGUGAAUGACAUAUCUAUCAGUAUCAUCGGAGACUCAUCAAACGAGCACCUCACCCAGCAGCCUAUGCUCGUAGACACUUCAAGACUGGCACAAAUACUCAUCAACUUACUGAGCAACGCCACAAAGUUUGUGGUCAAUCAGCAUGUCCGCAAGAUCACCGUAACAUAUGGCGCCAGUCUUGCACACCCGCCGAUCUUCGAUACAGCUUUUCCGAUGAACUCGAUCGAGGAUGAAGGUGAAGACCCCUCCAACGACGCCCUGCCCGACUUGCACAACGACGAAGAACGAUUGUAUCUGUACUUUGUCGUCACGGAUUCUGGACCAGGCAUGACAGACGAGGAGAUGUCGAGACUGUUCAAGCGCUUUAGCCAAGCAACGGCUCGCACACACAUACAGUACGGCGGUAGCGGAAUUGGCCUAUACGUGUGUCGGCAGCUCGCUGGAAAGCAAGGAGGCCGGAUCUGUGUGGGUUCACGGUUAGGCGUGGGAACCUCGUUUGGCUUCUACAUUGAAUCACGUCUCGUGGAGGGCAUAGCAUCAGCCGUAUCUAAUGGGCCUGCCACAUCUGGUCGGCUAGGUCUGAGUCGAGAUCAAGGAUACUCGCGGUCAGAUGAGGUGACUAGCACGGCUGAUGUAUUGCUGGCAAAACGAGCGAGUGACAUGAGACAGCAAAUGCGAGGGUUUGAUCUGUUCUUAGUCGAAGACAACUUGAUCAACCAACGCGUCCUCGCUAAGCAACUCCGAUCCGCCAAGUGCACAGUCACCAUCGCAAAUCAUGGACAAGAGUGCCUAGAUCUGCUCCAGCGAUCGAAUUGCUGGCGAGACUCUUCACUCGCUACAAAUGAUAGAAUCCAAGUCGAAGCCAUUAUCCUCGACUGGGAAAUGCCAGUAAUGAACGGACUCGACUGCUGCAGAAAAAUUCGCGAACUGGAAGCCACAGGACAGCUGACGAGACAUAUUCCCGUCAUCUUAACGACUGCCAACGUCCGUCUGGAGCAGCGUGAACAUGCCGAACAAGCGGGAGUGGAUUUCGUGCUUCCCAAACCAUUUACUGUGAAUGAUUUGCUGGAUAAAGUGUGGACCAUGUUGAAUCACGAGACGAGCGAGAAGAGUGCGCCACCAUGAUGGUGGCGUGAAAUUGAACGACAGUGUCUUUUUGGAUGACAACAACAACAGAUUUUGGUUCACAGUACACAGUAUAUAUACCCGAAUCCAAUCUAGCCGAAAGAUUCUUUUUACUCUCUAGCGAAUGCUGACCAUCUUUUCAACAAGCACACAAUAACAAAGUCGUCACCGCCAGGGUAUCACACAUCACACAUCACAAAUCGGGCAUCAUACAUCCUCCCCAUCCCUCAACCCCCCUCCCCCCAACAAUCCCUCAUCCUCACCACCAUCAUCAUCAUCCCUCUCUUAAUUUCCAAAAUGAGGAGUAUUCAACAAGACCCCCAUCAAAACUCCACCAAUCAACCCAGCAAUCGGAAUCGUCGCAAUCCACGAAAUGACAAGCAAGCCGACUCGUUGCCAAUUGACCGCCUUAUAAGUUCCAUUGCAGAGCCCGACACCGACGGUGGCACCGGUGAUGCACAUGGAAGUUGAGACGGGGAGUUUGAACUGCGAAAAGACGAGCACGGUGAUGGCGGCGCCCAUUUCCAUGGAACAGCCACGAGACGGAGAGUGGUCCUGUUCCACUUUGCCCCCCCCCCAUUUCUUCCCAAACCCCCAUUUACUAACCUCCAUUCUUCCACAGCAACAUCAUGAAAGUCAUGGGCAACAAAAUCACCUAAGCUUAGAAGCUGCUGCAUCUCCCGUUGACCAAGCAGAGUAAAUGACUGCCCAGGGAGCAACAGCAUUUCCAACAUCGUUGGCGCCGUGAGCGAAUGAGGCGGUGCACGCAGUCAAAACUUGCACAAACGAGUACGCGUGUUCGACUUCGUUGGGGUAGCGGGGAGCGUGCGCGUAGACACGAGCCAUGCGGAUUCCUUCGGGAGUACCAGCGAUACCACUCUGGGCGGCAUGAAUGUCGUAGCUGGCACCGUAGAGACAUCCGACGACGAGCAUGGCGGGAAUGCGCUUGAGAGCGAUGAUCAUGUUUUUCGUUUCGUAGAUUUCGCCCGGUCCUUGCUUGUUCUCGUGGAGGUAACGCAUCGCCCAGCCGAGAGGACCUGUUUUCGCUCGGAUUUUCUUGUGCAACUUCUCGCGAGCGUCAAUCUGUGCCUGCUUGUAGUCGAUGGCGGCUUUUUGGGAUUCGGCCUCGGAGAGGGACUGGACUUGGGGGGAGGUGGUUCCCUUCUCAUAGGGGACGGCAAAUUGAUCGACGACGGUGCUCUCGCUGGACUGGUGGUCGUCUACCUCAUCGUCGUGCUGGUCCACAGCGUAGUUGGGCACCAGAGCGAGUGCGGCACCCUCGACUGGAGUGCGCUUGAGAAGAAGAGGACCUUGGAUGACGUGGUACCACUUGACAGAGGCGUCGCGGCGGAUGACACGCAUGUACAAGAAGGGAACGAAGAAGAUGGCAGACAAAACGGCCAGACCACCACCAGCUCCCACGGUGACGCCGGCAAUGAAGUGCGGUGGUUUCGCAUUGAGCUUGAGGUUUGGCGAGCCCUUGUACACGAUCGAGAGCGUGCAGACCGUUCCCGCAAUCAGGAAGAAGAAUGGAGCAGUGUAGACCGACCAUGGGAUCGGGUUUUUGCGCAUGUGGACCACGACCUUGAUCAACAUGAAGAUGACCGCACCGAAUCCCGCGGCGAUGGCGGGAGCCAUGCCCAAGCCCGCGAAGAUGGCCCCGAGUCCGCGACCGUCGUUCCAUCCCCAUUGCACAUUGGCUGCACCGGCAGUGGCAACACCCACGCCAGCAACGGAUGAGAUGAGCGAGUACGUGGAGGAGACGUGGGCAGAGUGUCGUGUGCACCACAUCACCCAGAUGGAAGCACCUGCGAGCGCGCAUGUGAAGGCAAGCAUUUGGACACUGGCGUCGCCUCGGAAAGAGGAAGGUGGAAUGAUGCCGUUCUUGAUGGUAUCGGCGGUACGAGCUCCUACAGUAACGGCGCCGGUGAUCUCAAAGAUUGUGGCCAGAACCAUUGCCCAUCGGUAGGAGAUGGAUCUCGAGGAGACGGAUGUAGCCCAUGCGUUGGCGACAUCGUUGGCACCGUUAUUGUAGGCAUCGAGCAGGGCGAAGAAGGUGCCGAUGACGAAAAUAUAGGUGUAUUCGCUCAGAACAGCCAUUGUAUCGGUAUGAAGUAAUGUCUACCGGAGACUGUGUGAAGUGUCGGUGCAAGUUGUGC